AUGAAUGACGACGAGUGGAACGAAGUCCUUACACGAGCAGGGUUCACAGGCGCAAACGCUAUUCUUUGGGACAUGCCUGAUCCGGCAAGCCAUCAGAGCAGUACGAUAAUCUCGAGCACAGCAGUGGAGACUUCAGACAUCGUCGAAGGCGUCACAAUAAUUGUCGAUGAAAAGAAUUCGGAAGACUACGCGAUAGAAUUGCAGUCUCUGUUGAUGCAAGAAGGCAUCCAAUGCGAUAUUGUUGGCCUAUUAUCGUACAGCCCGACCGACAGAAUCUGCAUAGUCCUCUAUGAGCUCUCACGCUCUGUACUUCGCAAUCCCGACUCAACUGAGUACGAGGCUAUGAGACGAGUGUUUCUUGAAAGCAAUGGAGUUUUGUGGGUGACCAAAGGUGCAGCCAUCGAGUCUAGCAAUCCAGAUCUGAGCCUAGUUACCGGCCUCGCCAGGACAGUCAGAGUCGAAAAGGGAGAUACAACGAUCGUUACUUUAGAUCUCGAUGCACAAAAUCCGCUCUCAGGGCAUGACCGCACCAACACAAUUUUUUCAGUGUUCAAUAAGAGCUUUCGCAGGAAAUCUCCCGUGGCUUCGGGGCUUGAGCUUGAGUACGCGGAACGACACGGUAGAAUUUUAAUACCCCGCGUAAUAGAAAACGAGAAAGCCGCUUCGCCUGAAGGAACGAAGUCUGAGCAGCCAGCCUCAGAAUGGCAGCUAUAUGAUGACCGAAGCCGGCCGCUCCGGGCAGAGGUAAAGACUCCUGGCUUUCUUGACAGCAUCGAAUUCGUCCCAAACAACCAACUUGAUGGUGAACUAGCUGAUGAUCACCUUGAGAUCAAAGUUGAAGCAUCAGGGCUCAAUUUUCGAGACGUGAUGACUGCACUAGGUCAAAUACGGGCAUUUCCACUUGGCUGCGAAUGCUGUGGAGUAGUGUCUGCCGUUGGAAAGUCAGUCUCGAAUAUUCGGCUCGGUGCCCGUGUGGUUGCAAUGGUCAAGGACGGCUCUUUUUGCAACGUCAUUCGUACGCGAGCCGAAGAAGUUGAGUUAGUACCAGAUGACGUCCCUUCAGAGAUUGCUGCUACCAUCCCUAUUGUCUAUUUCACAGCCUACCUGGCAGUCCAUAAUAUUGCCCACCUACGAAAAGAUGAGACUAUCCUGAUUCAUGCUGCAGCGGGUGGACUUGGGCAAGCUACUAUCAAUCUAUGUCAGCUUAUCGGCGCCAAAAUAUUCGCUACCGUGGGAACUAUCGAAAAACAAAGGCUUCUUGUUGAUAAGCUAGGUAUACCGGCAGAAAAUAUUUUCUCGAGUCGCGAUAAUACUUUUGCUGAGGGCAUUAUGAGAAUGACACAUGGAAAGGGGGUGGAUGUCAUCAUUAAUUCUCUUUCCGGCGAAGCCUUACGACUUUCAUGGAACUGUAUUGCCCCAUUUGGAAGAUUUAUAGAGGUCGGUAAACGUGACUUUACAGUCAACGCUCGCCUGGAAAUGAGGAACUUUGAGAAGAACGUGUCGUUCACUGGCCUCGAUUCGCCUUUUGGCUCCUUACAAGGAAAGAAGAAGAAGAUAUGGGGCGAAUUGAUGGAUCUGUACAGCAAAGGUCUGAUUAAGGCACCUUUUCCAAUCAAUAGCUUUGGAGUUUCGGAACUAGAGAAAGCACUUCGCUUGAUGCAAUCUGGUAAGCAUAUGGGCAAGCUCGUCUUAGUACCUCAACCAGGUGAGCAAGUGAGGAUCGCACCUUCAAAGAUGGAGUGCAAAAAUCCUCAGGGAGCCAAACUUUUCCGCACAGACGCCUCCUAUCUUCUAGUUGGAGGCCUCGGUGGUAUUGGACGAGCAACAGCAAGAUGGAUGCUUGACCACGGAGCGACGCGCUUCAUAUUUGCUUCCAGGAGCGGGCCGGACAGACCAAAGUCUAGGGAACUAAUCGAAUUCUUGAGAAAUGAAGGUGCAAAGGUAGCUGCGGUGAGAUGUGACAUCAGUGAUGCCGAUGACUUGGAACGACUCUUGCAUACCUGUGCAAAGACUAUGCCACCUAUCCGGGGUGUCAUUCAUGGAGCUCUUGUAACAAAGCCAGAUCUUUUUGCCAGACUGGACCAUUCAGACUACAAUGAUGUCAUGAGACCAAAGGUUGACGGCGUUUGGAAUUUGCAUAAUAUGCUUUCUAAGAUCGACUUGGACUUCUUCGUUAUGCUCUCAUCAGUGGUUGGCAUAGCUGGCGACCCUAGUCAGGCGGCAUAUGUAUCUGCAUCCGUAUUCCAGGACGCAUUCGCAGGCUUCCGUAAUGGUCAGGGACUUCCGGCAGUCACGCUUGAUCUUGGCAAAGUCGUCGACAUCGGAAUAGUAGCUGAGCAGUAUCUGGCCCGACGAGGGGUGAGGGGUCUUUGGAGUCGCGAUUUACGGGAAGAAGAAGUACUGGCUAUGAUCAAAUCAGCGAUCGUGAUGCCCCAUAGAGUCGAUCAGCCUGCCUCAACUAUCAUUGGUCUCAAAGCUUGGACGGAGACAGCUGAUCCGGUUUUUCAGACACCUUUGUUCUCUCAUUUCCGUCGUGCAGGACUCACGAAUUUACGGACGGAUAAAAAGGCAGCAAGCAACGUCAACCGCCGCAUCCGCCAGACUCUAAAACAAUCCGCGACCUUGGAGGAAGCAGCGCGAGAGAUCCGAGUCGAACUGAUCCCCAAAGUAUCCAAUCUACUCAUGGUGCCCGUAGAACGUAUCAGCCCAACAAAGUCUUUAUCUGAGUACGGUAUGGACUCCUUGGUGGCAGUAGAGAUGCGCAACUGGCUGUUGCGGGAGCUUGAUGCCGCAUUGCCAAUACUGGAGCUUAUGGCCGAUAUUCCGUUGCAAGAACUUUCAUGGAAAAUUGCGAAGUCAUCUAAACUCGUAAAUUGA